UGAUGUGAAGAGGCAUACAAUACACAACUCACUUUGACUUCAACUGAAAUGUGAAAUGCUGCCAGGAAAUGAAUUGCUUGAAUGUAGAUCUAAUAAAUUCAACAUUCAGAAUCAUUCCUUCUUAUCAUUCAAGUUCACGUUCCCAAGGGUAAAAGCUGUUUAUAGGAUUUGAUCCCUUUUUGAUAAGUGUUUUGGUUUCUUAAGGAGCUUGCACACUGCUCCAACAAACUCCAAAAUUCUAAAGUUUUACCCAAUCCAACAUGGGAAACAGUUUGUAAGGGUGCUGCACUCCUACAGUAAGUUUACACGAGAAUGGUCAUAUUGUAAAUGCUUUUUAGAAAAAAUGGAACCACAGUACUGUAAUCGCAGAAAUCAGAAGAACAUUCAAUGAUAAAAUUCCUCAAGAUGUCAGAUAACAUUUCAACUCAGUUGUUGGUUGUUGAUUGAACUGCAUGAUAUUAACCUUAUUCACGGCAAUGCUAAUUUCGCUAUUGCAGCCUCUCAGAUUGACGUCAUUCAGAAAUGCAAAUUCAGCAUAAACAUAUCAUCGGUACUGGAUGGAGCCAUACGUGGCUUUAAACGGCCAUCUUACAACCCAAAUUAUAGCAUCAGUGUCAGUUUUUCAGAUGACAUGGGGAAUGAAGAAGGGUUACAUGGAGUUUUCUGUGAUAUUUCAGAGGCUUUUUAUUUUGCAAAAAAAACACACACACACACCUUGCACACAUAGAACAAUCCUCAAUCACAUAACAUUUAAAGAAAAGUUGUGCUAGACUAUAAAAUAUAGGCCUACAGUAGGCUAGUUGGUAGGGUAGGCCUACAUGUAACCUUUUUUGUGUUGCAAUGUAAAAAUAUAGUAUGUUCAAUGUAAAGUGUCAUAUAGCCUACAGUGCAUUUUCCAUAUGGUUUAGGUGUAAGCUUUUUUCAUUUGCAUGUGCAAGAAAAAUACAAAAAACAGUGUGCAUGAGCUUUUCGUGCAUUGCAGGGAAAAGUAGGCCUAGAUAGUAUCACGUGCCAGCUUUUUAUUUGUAAGUGCGAUUUUCUUGAUGUAGGCUAUACAGGACUCAUAAAAUGGUUGCGUUAGUCUUCAGGUAGCCGCAUAGAGCGGUAGUACAACGUCAUGUCGUCACACGGUCAGUCUUGUGUUGGUCGCAACCGCUUCCACUUUCGUUUUUGUUGUCUUACAUUUUCGCGACGAAAGGCUGGCAAAUUAGGUGAACAUGCGUAUGUCUCUUGGAAAAAUCCAAAUGGAGAAAAUGAAAGAACCAUGUUAAAUCGUGAUUGUCGAGUAUUUGGUGUUUUAGUGGUAGCCUCUUUCACCUGCGUCACAGGUAAGGAAGACGAAUUAAGUAUCGUUGAAGGCUGUCAAGUGUAGGCUUACUAUGGCCUAUUGUGGAGAUAAGCUGUAUGUCACAGAUGGUUGAUAUGCGGUUUUUUUUUUAUCUUAAUAGUAUUUUACACUAUUACUUAUUUCCAAAUACUUUCACAUUCCCUUGGGAUUGUGGGAAUAGUGAGUUCAGUAUGACGAGAGAUGAUUAUGCGAGUUCCUAACACAUCUCUUCUCUACCAUGACUGUCAAAUGUCUUUGACCCCCGCCGAUCAUCAUUUUCAAAGAUUGUGUGGAGUCUCAGGCUUUCCUGAGGACACAGUAAUGAACCCAGAACAACACAUGGGUGCAUCAGGCUCAGAGGAUGGUGAGCUGUACUUGUCAGAGAAUGACCUGACAGGCAAAGUACCCUCAGCCCCUCCUCUGGCUCUGGGCACAGCUGUGUUACACGCCAGGGUGAAAUGGCCAGAAGGGCAUAUACCAAGGAAGGACUUUGCUCUAAGGAAAGCUCUUCAGACAUGGCUAAGAAAGGACUUGGGCUCUGCAGUGGAAAUAGAAGGCUUGCAGCUUGAGGAUACUACGGAGUGGGCUACGGUUGAAAUAUAUCCAUCAACAGCUCUUGACAUAGUUCUGGACCAGCAGUUUGCACAGUUAAAGUUAAAAGACUCCCGAGUCAUCACUGUACAGUUUCACAGAGAUAAUUCACAAUCAGUGACUUCAAUAAAAGACCCAGAGCAGCAUGCAGUAACUGAGACAGCCACCUCUACAUCAGAGGAGAUCACUCUCCCAGUGGCCCUGACCAUGGCAAUUGAUGUGCAGAAGUUGGCGCCUGACAUUCAGGAACAUUUAGUUGAAAAAUUCAGCAAAUUCAACUCAGGUGCCAACACUUUCACAAUGUCAGGAAGUUUACCAGACGUGGAUGAAUUCUUUACAGAAUUCUGCAGCACUAUAAACCCCAAGACAAAUGGAAGGGGCAGUGCUUUACAGAGCACACUAUCCAAGGCGAACAGUCACAUGACAGUCCCCCUUGCUCAUUAUUGGUACCUGAAUCAAGUGCACAGAAAUGAGAUGGAAAGGCUACAGCAAAAAUAUAGAGUCAGAAUCCACAGUGACGUCUCUAUGCAUGUUGAAGCUGACAAGGGUGCCACCAGUGACUCACUAGCAAAUGCUUGUCAGGAAUUUGCUGAACUUUUCCAAAGGUGCUCUGAUAAUCUUGAGACAAUUUCCCUACCAAGUGUGCACCAAGAUCCUACAGUCAUGAUUGAUUUCAUGAAGGACAUUUUGAGAGAGGAGAGAAAGUUAAUGCUCAAUGUGUCCGCUCAGAACUGGAGCCUCUUUGGGCCAGAAGAAAACAUUUCCACAGUACAGAAAAUAAUGGAUGUAAAAGCCAACAUGGAUGAUCUCAGAGUGAAGACCAAAGGAGGCAAUCCCAAAAGUACAGCCUCAAAGGAGCUACACAAAGAAUCUGAGAGGAAUAAACAAAGAGAAGUCCAAAUGCCUCAUGCAUCUGUCCAGAACGUCGAAGAGCGUGUAAAGGUCAGUUAUCCUACUGCAGAGAAGCCCCCCAAGAAAGUGUUGCUUAAAGAAGUUAAAUCGGAUGCUCUCAUUGACCCUCUUUUGACCGAUGGGAUUCUCAUGAAUGACAUCCACUGGGAGAUAAUGACGAAUACUUUCAAGAUGCAAAUAGAAAGCAUUAAGACUAGAUUUGGAGUGGCUCUGAUGGAGAACAGGUUAAAGGACAGUGUUACAGUCAGAGCUGUAGGGAAUCGUGCGAGUCUGGAGGUGAAUGCUCUCAGGGCAUUGAUGUCUCUUUAUCAAAAGGUUGUCACGAGAGCUAUGUGCUGCCCUUUGCAAAAUGUAUCCCUCCUUCAAACAGAGAAGGUAAAAAUGCAUCUAAGUGACGUCCAUGAACAGAACCCAUCUCUUGCUGUCAAGGAAGGCUCUGGUAGCAAUGGAGUCUGGAUGCUGAUUGGCCUUCCAGAUCAUCUAUGUUUCGCAGUAAGAGAAAUCGAGAAGAAGCUUGGUGGACCUGUCUUUGACGAAAAACACAAGGACAUGAUUGGAUUUGACCGACAUACUGAAUUCCUGAGACCGUUUUCUGAUUUACCAGCAUGGAAUGGAUCAGAGGGUUAUGAAGAAGUGCAGUGGGGAAAGGGAGCAGCCUCUGGGGAGGCAAUUUAUGAAGAUGUUGAAGAGCCAAGGGGAGCAGAUAGAGGCGUUUUAGAAGGGGUAGGGAGUCCAUUUCUGGGAAAAGAAAUAUUGAAAGGAGGAAAUGGAUCAAAGUGGGACAAAGAAGAUGUGUGUAAAAAGGUGUUUCAAAAAGUUGAAAGAGACCAGCCAGAUGGAACAAUGACACACUUAAUCAAGAAAUCCACACUUCCUGGGUUUAAAAGAUGUGACACCAUCGUAAUUACCUAUCAUAUUCCCAGCGGCAUUCAGUCGAGAAAUCAUCCCAACCCAGGCAGACGUUUCAAAGGGGCUCACCUAACAGCAUACUUACCUGCCAUUAGAGAAGGACGGGAAGUGCUUGAACUGCUAAGGAAGGCCUUCAAACAGAAAUUGGUCUUUACUGUUGGGACCUCACAAACAGGAGGGGGUGAUUAUGUGAUCUGGAAUGGCAUCCAUCACAAGAUCAACACUCAUGGUGGACCAGAAAGUGGCGGCUACCCAGAUGAUAACUACUUAAUAAGAGUAAGGGAAGAACUCCGAGCGAAAGGCAUUGAGUGAAGAAUCCCACGGCUCAACUCAUAACCCAGAAGAAUUCAUUCAAAUGCAUACUUUUUCAUGUAAUGUACCAGAAUCUGUAAUGUGGAAUUUAAGCUAAAAUUUUGGCAGGACUCAUCUAGACAGUCUAGAGGACGCAUGUCAUUCUUCACAGAGAUGUGACCUCUAGACUGUCACCUCCACAACACUAGGUUAAAUCAUAAUAGUAAUAUAAUCAGAUUCAGAGUAUAUUUUGUUAAUAUUAGGGCUGUCAAAAUAACUGAUUAAUUUCGAUUAAUUAAUUUGAGAAAAAAUAACUGAUUAAAAAAAAUA